AUUCAAUCCGACGACUUGGCGGACUGCAGAUGCGACUCUCUGCUCGGGAGGAGGAAAAAAAGAAAAAACUUUUGGUGAGGAGAGUGCCUGAGGAGUGUAGGUGAUCUGGGGUAAAGUGAUAAUUGCGUGUGUAUGGAUUACCGAUAAGUGCAGAAAGGAGCGCGUUCUUGGCAUUAGUUAUUUAUAUAUUCCUGUAAAGCGGCGGGGAUGCGAGAGAGACGCCACAGUGGCGAGGAUCGCCCGCUCUGAACCGGAGGAGUCACCGGCAGAUGAUGUCCCAAUGUGAGAGUGCUUCCAGAGGAGACGAAGGAGAGGACGAAGGAGGAUGAAGAAGGGGGGAGAGGGAUCGAGAGAGGCAGAGGUGGAAUAUAAUGAAGUUGAGUGGGAAAGGACUGUGCACCGUUUUCUCCAGCACCCUCCUCUUCGUGUGCGCCCUGAGCGAAGUUGUCGUUGGAUUAAGAUGCGUCUCGUUGGGAUCUACGGUGAGAGCGCAUUUCCACCUCGGCGCCGCGGCUGGGGCUUUCUACUCCGGGCUACUUGUGGGAAUUGGGCAGGUCCUGCUGGGCACCGCGAUGCUCUGUUGCCUAAAGAAGCCCGGCUGCAGGAAUUUCUUUCUCCUCGGUGUUGUGGUCUUCUUGUUGGGUGUCCUCACCGCCUUCUCCGGCGCGGUGGUGGACGGGGACACGGCUUCUCUGGUGGAGAGGAAAUAUUCCCAUUACUGCUUCCACUCUGUGGUUGUGAACCCUGCCUGCGAGCAGCUGAGGGAUUACCAGCGGAGUCUGGUCGUCUCCACUGUUCUCAGCACCUUGGAGUGCCUCCUCGGGCUCAUCAACCUGCUGGUCAUCAAAAGGUACAAAACAGCGCAGUUCUCUAGGAGCCGCCAGUCUCAGAGGCAGCGCGCCGGCGCGAUCAUCCUCAGCGAGGAGCAGGACUGCUCCUCGGCGGAUUUCCAGCCGGUGUCUUACAUCAAUCUGGGUGUUUUUAAUGUGUUUGACGAGACAGGUGCAGAAGUGCAGUGCGGGGGACACCCGUCAAUCGAGCUGCCGGGAUACUCGCCCACAGACCCGGAGCUCAAUCAUUGCUUCCCUUUCUCCUACCCGCUCCCCAGUGAACUGCCGCCCGCAUACGAAGACAUUUUCCCCGCUGAGGCAUGCAACACAUAGCCGCUCUGGAGCAGCGCUUCCCCUCUGCUGUGACAAUCAGUGACUUUGUGCUUUAAACAAUCCCCCCUUCUUCCAACACCCUCCCAACAAAAAGCAGUAAGUUACACAGAGGGCGACAGCAGUGGAUUUUAACUCACAUGAUUCCUUUCUCAUUCUGAUGUUUUCUUACAUCUGCCCGGUAGCUCUAUAUUGUACAUCACCAGUCAGACUGAUGUAGGCUAAAUGAACAGAUCAAAGUGAUACAGGCCCAGACAGCGCACACAGAUCAAGGCCCAUAAACGCAACAGCUUGCUAGCAUAACAAAAAGCAGAGUUUGUGUUUUGAAUGUUUGCUGUUAACAUUUUUACUUGUGAAUAAAAAGUGUAUUU